ACGAAAGAGAGCCGAUAAAAUUAUCUUGCCAACGGCCACGUCGCCAGUGUGUCUGUGUGGCCGGAGAAGGAGGAGGAGGAUGAACGCACUCUUGCUACCUCCCUCUUUACACUUCCGUUUUCCAUCUCUUCAUUUCUGCCGGAGAAUUCUCCGCCGUGAAAAACCAUUCGAGCCGCCAGUCUUCGCCGCUGCUCUCUCUAUCACCACCGCCUCCUCCGCCAGACAAUUCAGCCUCGGCAGCGAACCGCAAGAGGCAGAAGGAUACGACGUCGCUUCACUCCCUAAUCGCAACUACGACUUCACCCCUCUCAUUGAAUUCCUAUCGGCUUCUUAUACUCCCACGUACUCCGACGCCGAGUCGUCUUCUCCCACUCGUCUCGACCCGGCCGAGUUAAAGCUCGCCGAGUCGUACCGAGCUGUCCCCGCGCCGCUCUGGCACAACCUCCUCAAGUCUCUGUCGUCUGCGCCGGAUUCAUUUCCUACCGCCUACGCGCUCGUUACUUGGCUGCAGAAGCACAACCUUUGUUUCUCCUACGAGCUUCUCUACGCCAUUUUGAUUCACGCGCUCGGACGCUCCGAGAAGCUCUACGAAGCGUUCUUACUCUCCCAGCGCCAGACGCUGACUCCAUUGACCUACAAUGCGCUUAUCGGCGCGUGUGCUCGCAACAACGAUAUCGAGAAGGCACUCAACCUGCUCACCAAAAUGCGCCGAGACGGUUAUCAUCCUGACUUUGUGAAUUACAGUUUGAUUAUUCAGUCGCUUACUAGGAGCAAUAGCGUUGAUUCUGCUAUGCUAGAGAAGUUGUAUGCGGAAAUUGAGGCUGAUAUGAUUGAGCUUGAUAUGCAGUUGUUGAAUGAUAUAACAGUGGCGUUUGCUAAGGCGGGGAACGUUGAUAGGGCUCUGGAUUUUCUCGGUAUGAUUCAAGGAAAUGGCAUGAGCCUUAAAAGAGCUACCAUUACAGCUAUAAUAUCUGGUUUGGGGCAUUCUGGUAGGACAGAAGAGGCAGAAGCUGUCUUUGUGGAGUUGAAGGAAGGUGGAUUAACGCCUACUAAGAGGGCAUAUAAUGCCCUCUUGAAAGGUUAUGCAAAAGCCGGUUGUUUAAAUGACGCUGAGGAUGUUGUAUCUGAGAUGAAGAGAAGUGGGGUGACACCAGAUGAAUAUACAUAUAGUCUACUUAUUGAUGCAUGUGCAAAUGCGGGCAGCUGGGAGAGUGCUGAGAUUGUGUUGAAAGAAAUGGAAUCUAAUGGUUUGCAACCUAAUUCGUUUAUCUUCAGUAGGAUAUUGGCGAGUUAUCGUGAUCGGGGAGAGUGGCAGAAAUCAUUCGAGGUGCUCAAGGAAAUGAAGAGUUGUGGGGUUAAAGCCGAUAGGCAUUUCUAUAAUGUAAUGAUUGAUACCUUUGGCAAGUAUAAUUGUCUUGAACAGGCAAUGGAUGCAUUUGAAAGAAUGAAAGUGGAGGGAGUUGAGCCGGAUAACGUGACAUGGAAUACGCUUAUAGAUUGCCAUUGCAAACAUGGCCAUCAUAACACGGCCGAGGAGCUGUUUGAAGCAAUGCAGAAAAGUGGCCGUUCGCCUUGCACCACAACGUACAAUAUAAUGAUUAAUUCUUUUGGGCAGCAGGAGAGGUGGGAAGGAGUAAAGGAUUUACUCGGGAAGAUGCAGAGUCAUGGAGUACUGCCUAAUGUAGUUACAUAUACUACUCUAGUUGAUAUUUAUGGACAGGCAGGGAAAUUUAGUGACUCAAUUGAGUGUUUGCAAGUGAUGAAAUCUGCUGGGUUGAAGCCGUCCUCUACCAUGUAUAAUGCCUUGAUUAAUGCCUAUGCACAGAGGGGAUUUUCUGAGGAAGCAGUAAAUGCAUUCAGGAAUAUGAAGGCAGAUGGUCUGAGGCCCAGUAUAUUGGCUCUUAAUUCUUUGAUUAAUGCAUUUGGUGAGGAUAGAAGAGAUGCUGAAGCCUUUGCUGUUUUGAGGUAUAUGAAAGAAAAUGACCUGAAGCCAGAUGUUGUCACUUACACCACUCUCAUGAAAGCUUUGAUCCGGGUUGAGAAAUUCGGAAAGGUUCCAGCCGUGUAUGAAGAAAUGCUUAUGUCUGGAUGCAAACCAGAUAGAAAAGCUAGAGCCAUGCUGCGAUCUGCUCUAAGAUACAUGAAGUCUACACUAAAGCUCUAGUCCUGCUGCAAAAAUUAUACGACCAAUGAUUGUUCCCUAUAUUUACCUGAGGGCGGUUCAUUAUUGAAAAAUCUUCCUUGACCUUGAUACGAUAUCAGCUGCCCGUCGGGGUUCAAUUUUAAAGUUUGUGAAGGGAAAAUGGCACGGGAUGAUGAAGAAUAUUGAAGACGCAAUUGGCAAAGGCAUUGUGUUCCUUCCCCCUCCUUAGGUGAACAUUCUUGUAACACUCUUUGAUCUUGAGAGAAGGCUUACUUCAUGUCUUCCUUGUGUUAUAUGUAAAGAUUUUGUUUUUUCUUGUAAUUUAAUACGAAAGCACAUACUUUGUAACACAGCUGGCCUUACAGCCCUUAGUUAUGGUGUUAACAUGUCAGUGAAAUGGUAAGUUAGGCAUGUAUGAACAAAGAGUUGAUUCAUCCAACUCCUUGUAUGCUAAAGAACUCUCUUUAACUUUUUUACU